GCGACUCGCACGCUGUUUAUAUUUUAUGGGCUUCGGAUCCUACGAACCUUUCCUGCCUUUUUUGUCGAAGCAUCUCAUCUUGUUUUUGAUGAAAAGCUUGAACCAAAAUAUGUGAUUUGUGAUUCUUCGGAUUAGUGAGGUUGGUUUGAGCUGGACUUGUUUCGGCUUUUGGUUAUUUUUUGACUCGCAAAGUGAAACCGGCCAUUUUUCACUAUAGGUCAGUGCGUGGUACAAACACCUAGAAUGGGGACCGGUGCGAGCAGCGCGUCCUCCCGUUCGCCCUCUCCGGAGCUGCUUGGCAACAACCACCGCAAGAACUCCUUCGGGAUGGAAGGCAACAAGGACAAGUGGAAAGGGCACAAUGUCAUCUGUAACGACAUCGCCCCUAUCAUCAUCACGAAGGAUUGCUUUGAGGAGUUUCAGUGCACGUUACUCGCCGAGAAACAGAAAGUGGUCUUGGGUUGCAUAAAGGACGGCUUCCCUGAACACAUGCUUGUACAGGAGAAGUAUUUCAUGGUGGCCGAUCAGUUUGAGGGCAUCGACAAGCUUCAGACAUCAGAAAAAUAUGGCGCCCCCAACUUUCGGAAAGCCGGCGGCGGAUUUGCGGUGUAUGGCAUGGGGCAACCGACAGGUGUUGGACUUGAGAGAACUAUGGACAUCAUUGCUCGGGAAGGUUGCUCGGAACUGAUUGUAAUUUGCAUCAGGGAAGAGCCUGUGGUAUUCCUAAGGAAGAAUGAUGACUUUGUGUCUUACACGCCGAGAUUGAAGGAGUCGCUGUGUGAGAACAUUAAUACUAGUAUGAUGACGACGGAAGACAUUACAAAUGUGGAGGUCUCGUUACGGAAAGAGAUUGUCAAAUACGCUCUCCGUGACGAGAACAAUGAGUUCUUCUUCUACGAAGACAUAGAAGAGUUCACCAACGAGCCUCAUAAAUACCAGAUAGUAUACGAGGAGCACCUCCAGACCAUUGGAGAGAUGUACGCCGUCCACACAGUCUCACAGUCUAACGCCAGAUACCUAAGGAUGCCUAUGAAGUCGGACGGGGCACCAGACGAACACAUUAUCGACACUUUCUUUGAUGUCUUGAAGGAUGUUCCUUCUCUAUUUGACCACCAAGACACAUCAACGCCGGGGAUCAUGUUUAUAGGUCACAUGGGAGCCAGUCGUACAAGCUUUGCGAUGGUACUCGGUAUGCUGGUACUCGCACAUAAGCAAGGCUUCCCAGAGGAAGCAUAUGAACCAGCCACGCCCAUAGACGAGGAUCAUCCUAACCUAGAGCAAGGGGAGUUUCCGAUAGUGCAGAAGCUGUGUAUUAUACUGCCAGACGGAGUCCAGAUCAAAAAAGAGGUUGAUGUUCUGAUUGAUCUUACCGAUGACAUGGGCAACAUCCGGCGAGACAUCUACGUGAAUAAGAUGAAGAUGGAGCACAUACACGAUGAUUACAUGAUAGCUGGAGGCAGUGCCAGAGAUUAUUUCUUCAAGAAGAUGUUGAGGUAUCUUGAGCGAUACUGUUACCUGCUCAUCUUCAACAGCUACCUUCAUCAACAGAACGCACAGAUGUUUUGUCAGUCGUUUCAAAACUGGAUGCAGCAACACCCUGUCGUGUAUCGUAUCCUCGGUGACAUCGACUCGUCAGAGGUGUUCACCAAUCCAGCUGGUCUCAUCAACAGAGGGCAUCGUUACCUGGUUGCAGACGAGUAUCUCGGCCUGGAUGUACUGAGCUCACAGCGAGAUGUCAAAGCGUCCAACUUCAGACGGGUCCCUGGGCUGCCGGUAUUCGGUAUGGCGCAGUCAGGAAGAGAUGGUUUGUCGAAGAUCACCGACCUGCUCAUGAGUGCGAAGCAUGGCCAUUCCUCAGUUCACUUCUUCACACUGAGAGGGGAGCUCGUCCUAGAAUGUGACGGGUAUACAUACACACCGCGACGACUCACAGCGCUGUCGGAUAAUGUGUACAUACCCGGAGUUACGGUUAAAGAACUUGAGGAAAAGGAACUGCAGCUGAAAGAAGAGCUUGUUAAGUUGAACAGACCAUUUCAGGUUUAUGUUGACGUCACGGAACCAAGACUACAGAAGGAGUUUUCCAGCAUUCUCACAUCCAGAGAAAUGUUCGACAAGCAGAGGCAGAUCUCACCGGGACUUCACUACUACAGAUUGACAGCCGCAGAAUGCGAAGGGUCACCUUCAGAACUGGAGUUUGAUCGCUUAGUAAACAUCAUUAAAGAUCUAAAAGACAUCUACACGGAUGAAGAUGGACCAGCUCUGGUCUUCAACUGUGAUUGCGGCAAAGAGAGAACGACCACUGCGAUGGCGGCCGCAGGUCUCGUCAUCUGGCAUAAAAAGGGUUUCCCAGUUGGUGUGAAACUGGAAGAGCAGGAGAGAAUAAGCAUCCCACAGGCAGAAUUCACAAAGGGGGAGUUUGCCGUCGUGAUGACUCUGGUGAGGCGACUUCCUUCGGGGUCACAGGUCAAGCGAGAGGUUGACCUUAUGCUUGAUAAGUGCUCAGAGACCAUGACCCCAAUGCACUUUCACAUCAGAGAAAUUAUCUUCUCAACUUUCAAUAAGAUGAAGUCGGCCAAAGAUGAGGAAUUGGCAGCUUGUCUGAAGCAGCAGGCGUUCAACUAUCUGGAGCGUUACAUAUACCUUAUCAUGUUCAACUGUUAUUUGCAUCUGGAACGAUCCAGCAACUGGGACAGAGAGUUCUCAAAGUGGAUGACGGAUACUGGCCGUAAAAUUGGUGUGUACGAAACGUUGGACAACCUGCACUUUCACGAUCUGGAUGAGGAGGACAUACUGGUUGUGAGCUCCAUGCGACAACGAUGGACGAAAAAGAACAAAAAACACAACUUCAGAGGGACGGUGGUUUGAGGUCAAA